UCUCCCAAGAUGGCGGCGCUGGCAGGUUACCCUGGGGGCUCUGCGCGCCGCUAGCUUAGAAGGCCCCAAAGAUGGCGAUGCUGGCAGAGCCCCGUAAAAAGCAGAAGUGGUCUGUGGAUCCUAGAAACAGCGCAUGGAGUAAAGAUGAAUCCAAAUUUGGCCAGAAGAUGUUGGAAAAAAUGGGAUGGUCCAAAGGAAAGGGUCUUGGGGUUCAGGAACAAGGGAGCACAGAGCACAUCAAGGUUCAAGUGAAGAACAACACACUUGGUUUAGGAGCAGCCAUAAAUUAUGAGGACAACUGGAUUGCUCAUCAAGAUGACUUCAACCAACUUCUGGCUGAACUGAAUAAUUGCCACGGGCAAGGUGAAUCAGAGCCCUCUUGCGAACAGAAGAAGACAUUCAGUCUUGAAGAGAAAUCCAGAUCCUCCAGGAAACGUGUUCAUUAUAUGAAGUUUGCAAAAGGAAAGGAUCUCUCUUCCCGCAGCGAAGAUGACCUGUCCUGCAUUUUUGGGAAACGACAGAGUACAAAAACUGAGGAGGACAACACCUGUGCGGAUUCUCCGGAAGAGGACAGAAAAGAAGACCAGGGGAUGCCCAACCCAGUGGACCAUAGUAAUACAGUGACCAGCACCAUGACGGUGCAAGAGUAUUUUGCCAAGCGCAUGGCAAAACUGAAGAAAUUCCAGAAAGAACCAGAGAGUGAGUUAGCUGAUCCUGGCACAACCGCAGCUGAAGACUUAGAGUCUUCACAAGGACUGAAAACCAAAUCCAAAAAGAAAAAGAAAAGCCGGAAAAAUGCUGAGGCAGAGAACGUGGACGGUUAUGAAGAACCAAAGGUGAAACGCUCCAGAACAGAUGGCUUGUGGGAAGAAGAACUGGAGAUAGCAAACACUGAAUACCAACCAGGGAAAAAGAAAAAGAAAGCUAAAGGUCAACGCAAAGGUGAAGAUGUCAGUUGUGAUGGAAAUUCUUGUGUUUUCCCAGGGAGCGGAGAAAUUUACCCUGGAACAUCUGACAGGGAAAAUCUUGGUGAAGACGACUCCGAGAGAAAGCAAAAGAAACCAUAUAAGAAAAAACACAAAAAGCAGAAAAAAGAAGCAGCUGAGUAUGUCGACGGAAUGCAGAGAAAAAAGAAGAAACGUUCAAGUUAACUUAGCAGUGUCUUGGACUUUGGAAUGAGUUAGACGUUGACAUGUUGAAUAUGAAGCCUGUAAAUGCUAGCCAGACAUCAAAAUGUAGUUCAUCCCAUGUGUAGCACUCUGUCUCUAUCAGUACUGAAACCUCAGACUCUUUAAACACAGCUCUUGUUGGCAGGGCGGGAAUACAUUGUCUCGU